AAGGGAGCCGAGUCAGAGGGAAAAGUGGAAUUCAGUCCGGAUCGUAGGAGUAACCCCUACCUAUAUUUUGCGCCGCAGCACCCGAACAGAACAGAACAGCAGCCAACCCUAAUCGACCCGACCCGACCCGACCAGAGAGAGAGGAGGAGAGGAGUUGAAGAGGAGGUGAAGAACAAGAGAUGGCGAUGUUGCGCUCGGCGUUGGGGAGUGUUUUCCGCCGCCUAUCGGGACCCUCAGCAGCUCCUUCGAUGAUGAGGCAACGCGGGGCAGAGAUCCUCCGAUCCCCGACGCUGCCGUCGCUCCGCCCCGCGGAGCUAUUGGUUCCGCAUCCCGAACCAGCGGCCCAGCUGAUGAGGACCUUCAUGUCUCCUGCCGCUACUGGUACUGCGGCGCGCACCCGCGGCGUCCCUAAUUUCCAGGGCUGGCAGCAUUUCCCUGUUGGGACCGAGGGUGUGAAGUGCUUACAGCAGAAGAGGUUCCUCUCGGUGGAAAGGAAAGAAACAUCAAAGACGCGGUUCCUGGCAUGGCUGUAUAGACAUUUUGGCCCACGCCGUCAGCUCGUGUUGGUAUAUACCGUUGGCAUGUCUUCUUUUGUGACGACGGUUACGACCUUUCACCGCCUCGACAAAGCAACUACAAAAUCCAAUAAUUUUAAUUCUGCAAAGAAGCGGUACUGAUGAUGCUGAUGGACCUGAUCAGAGAGGGCGGCAUGCUUGCUGUGUAGUGGAGUCUGUUCUAUUUAGUGAGUCCAAAGGUUUGGGCAAAUAAUUUGUAAUUGCUAGCUAGUAUUGUAAUAGACUUGUCUCGUAAUUUCCCUUUGCAUCUGUCACUUAUCAUGCCCCCUGGUACCUGUUGAGGUUUUGACUAAAUGAAUGUCCGGUUGAUCUUAUUUGUAGGCGUAA